GUAGUGGGCGGCCCCGGGGCAGUCUAGGGGACCCUGAGGAAAUAUUCGGGAGACAAGAGGGGCCAGAGGCCGAGCCGAGCAUCAUGAGCUCGGGAACCCCGUACAUCGGCAGCAAGAUCAGCCUGAUCUCCAAGGCUCAGAUCCGCUAUGAAGGCAUCCUGUAUACCAUCGAUACCGAGAACUCCACCGUGGCCCUAGCCAAAGUCCGCUCGUUUGGGACGGAAGAUCGCCCGACUGACCGGCCAGCCCCGCCUCGGGAGGAAGUCUACGAGUAUAUCAUUUUCCGCGGCAGCGAUAUUAAGGACAUCACCGUAUGUGAACCCCCAAAGGCUUCCCAUGCUCUUCCGCAGGACCCGGCUAUAGUCCAGUCUUCUCUGGGCUCUGCUCCUUCUGCUUCCUACCAGUCUUCGGUGCCUUACAGCCCAUUCCGAGGGAUGCCAACCUACAGCCAGCUUGCAGCCUCUUCCCUCCUCAGCCAGCAGUAUGCUGCCUCCCUUGGCCUAGAAAAGUUGGGGAGCCCUACGGCAUCUGCCGGGGUCUCCAGCUCCUGCUCUUCCCCUUCUCCUCAGCCUGUCGCCCCAGAACCGGAUAUCCCGGCGGAACCACCGCAGUUGUCUCCGAAUGCUGGGUUUCCUUCCAUCCCGUUGAGGAAGAGCCCAAUGGUGGAGCAAGCUGUGCAGACAGGCCCACUGGAGAGCCAGGCCCAGAAGAAGGUUCAGCAGGCGAAAGGGGCUCCUGUUAAUCAAAGGGGAAUUCGGCAAAGUGGGCCCCAAUCUCAGCCAGCACCCUUGAAUGUGCCCCCUGCGGCUGCCCCAGUUCUAGGCACAGUGAAUGAUGAGAACAGACGACCCCCCCGGCGGAGAUCAGGGAACAGAAGGACCAGAAACCGGUCCCGUGGUCAGAACAGACCCACCACCGUGAAGGAGAACGCCAUAAAGUUCGAAGGAGACUUUGACUUUGAGACGGCCAAUGCCCAGUUCAACAGGGAGGAACUGGAUAAGGAAUUCAAGGAUAAGUUAAACUUCAAAGAUGAGAAGCCUGAGAAGGAAGGUGAAGAGAAGACGGAUUCGGGGGUAGAAACCCAAAAUAGUGACGGAAACCCAGAGGAAGACCCCCUGGGACCAAACAUUUAUUAUGACCGGUCAAAGUCUUUCUUUGAUAACAUUUCUUCUGAGAUGAAGUCCAGGCGCACCACGUGGGCAGAGGAGAGGAAGCUGAAUACAGAGACCUUCGGGGUCUCUGGGAGGUUCCUCAGGGGGCGCAGCUUCCGUGGUGGCUUCAGAGGAGGAAGAGGCAGCGCCACCCCACGGCGGAACCAAACUACCCAGAGGGCUGGCACAGGGCGAGUGUGAUCACUGCCACCCCUGGUACAAACAUGGACAUGAGGGAGUUCAUUUUUUUUUUUUUUCGUCUUUAGACUGACCUUGUCUUCCAUAUUUUUUUUUUCUCCUGCAAAUGCAUCGUAGCAGUCCCCUGUUUAACCAGACCCCCCCCCCCCCUUCCCCCAUUCCCUUGCUGGUGUGGGUAAAGGGCCCUGUGAUGCUUCAGUAGAACUCUGCUUGUAGUCUGUUUGGGGUGUGGAACAGUAAGCGCAUAGGAGGCAGUGGGCGGUGCCACAUUUACAGGGGAAAGGUCGUUGUUACAAAUCUGCCAAAAAGUGAGCAGACAUUUUGAACCCCCAAAGGAAGUCUCCUACCUCUUUGUUUUAAUUUUUUUUUUUCUUCCUGCCUCUCCCCUUGGCUGUUAGGGGGUUUUAAUGCUCUUUGUUUAGCAUUUUGCUCACCCCCCCCCCCCCCCCAAUUAAUGUGCUGUUUAUUUUAUGCCCCCCUCCCCCACACUUUGUGUUGCUUUAAAGUGAGUGACAAAUAGCACUUAAGGGUAGUGGGCAUUAUUUAACCCAGUUCCUGCCCCCUCGGCCUCUAAGCACUUUGUUCAAGGCAUGUAGCCCCGGAACGUCUGAUUGGCCCAUUGGGCCAAAUUCUGUCUUGACCUUUAAACUCUGCACUGCCACGAGGAUGGUGGCUCAUUAGCCAUUGCCAAAUCCUUCCGUACCGGCGCUUAGAGCCCACGAGUGACCCUCCGCCUUCCCAGCACACCCCGUACCAACUCCUGCAUGGCCGAGGUCUCAAUAGUUGGGUUGUUGCAGUUGAACUGCACUCACCUAGGUUUGGUUUUGUUUUUUUUUUUUUAAUACCUAAAUGAUGCAUUUUAAGUUAUACAUAAAAUAAGUUAAUUUAAAAGCUUGCCUUUAUUUUUGUAGAAGACUGGUGCAAAAUGAACCAGUAGCCCACACGAAUUGUCACACAGUGUAAUCUGUCAAUAAACCUACAAAUGUUUAAUACGA